AUGUCGACUAUUCAGAACAUCAAUAAGAAGCUACAGGAACAUCAGGUGGUUCCCGAUGUUCUGCCGGCAGGGCUUGACUUUCAAUCCAGCCUCACACUCAAAUGGCCCAACACAAUUCUGGAUGCUCCUGGAAAAGAACUCGACCGCGAAGAGACCCAACUCGAGCCAAAGCUUUACCUAAAACCCCCUCCUUCCCAGAAUCGCGAUGACUAUGUGCUCAUCAUGACUGAUCCUGACCUCAUGGCCGACAACGAUGCCAACUUUGGUCAAGUGCGCCAUUGGCUAGCCACGAGUGUUUCGACAAAGGACGGCGGCGAGCUGGUCAUUUCCAGUGAGAGCAACGUAUCUUCAUAUGUUGGACCCGCGCCUCUGCCAAAUUAUAUCAGCCCUCGGCCACACCGAUAUACGUUCAUCCUCGCUCGUCCUUCCGCAGCAUCAGGGAAGGUUGAAAUCAACCCAGACGAUCUCCGAGAACUGCAGAAGGCUUAUCCUGCAGCCCUUUCUGGAAAGCAACAGCCGGAAGUGCAGGACCUGAAGGAUCGCUGGGGAUUCAACGCUUACCAGCUAAUCAAGAACAAAGACCUCCAAGUUGAAGCGGCUACAUUCAUGAAGGUAGGGGGUACGCUGAAGAGCACGGCGGCAAACAUUGGAUUGACGGGUGAAGCGGUGGUGAAUAAGAUCAUUGGAAAUUAA